GGGAUGGACAUGGUCAGCAACAAUACUCAGAAUCACUGAGGAGGUCAUGCCAGGCAGCCCGGAGAACAUCCCCCUGGGAGAGUGUACCCUCUCCCAGUCCAGGGAUCAGCUGACGCCCCCAAGCCACACAGCAAGCACUGUGUUCAGUCUGUCCCGCAGCGAGUCCCUCUGGACCACAGAGAACUCCAAUAACAAGUGUGAAGUCUACUGGUUCCCCAUCCACCUCAUGUCCACCGGGGGCAGCUUCUUGGUCUGUGGCAUCAUCAUCAGUGCCUUGUACUUCGCCGGCCAUUCCAGGAAGGUCACCAACAUCCUGGGACCAGCCCUGCUGUCUAUUGGGUUGAUGGUUUUUGUAGUGGGCGUGGUCCUGAUUCCUAUCACUAAGGAGAACAGGAAGCAGUCAAAUAUGAAGAGGCCCCUCAGUUACUACAGACCUCCAGUGUUUAAUGUGUGAUGGUAUUGAUGUGGAUGUUUUCCCAAGAAACUUCAUGUUUGGAAUCUACUCAGAGGAAACAACAUUAAUGGCACAUUAGAUCGAAGUUAUUCUUUUCAGCAUGGGAAGUUAUCCUAAGACUCAGUUUGGUGAUGUUUAUGUUUUCUGCCCUGAUUUAACAGGAUUGACAACACAUUCACAGUCUUAAUAGUGCAUGACAACAUUUGCAUUAGCUUUUGAAACAAACGUGGAAGCACAAGGACAACAACGUGGUGUAUAAAAUGCAAUUAUUCACAUAUUCACACACAAUUUAGCAAAGAGGGCAGAGAGCUAAGAGACCUCUGAAUAUUAAUGAAAGGGAAAAUGGACAAUGGGGGAUUACUA